UAGAGAGGUCGAGCUGUCCAUGCCUUUACCUGAUUGAACCUUUACGAGAUGAAACUGCAGACCAGCUUAUCACGGAGCAUCACACCUGUGUGUGAGGGAUUAUAGAGAGGGAACAGGGAUGUGCAGAUGUGUAUGUGUAUGUUGGGAUUAUGUCCUAAAUACACAGAUUUACACAGAUGUUGCAGCGGGAUUGUGCAAACUCUCCUGCUGAAUAUAUAAAGUAUAAGAUUAAAAACAGGAACUCCAUUGAAAUGAAUGGCAACAUAUUAUCUCUCACACGUUGGGUAUAAUUAAAUCAGCAGUUCCAGAGUUUGUUCAUUAUUUUGAGCUAAACUGAGGAUAGGUUAGAAAUAUUACUGAAGUCUCUCAGUCCCCUCAGUGGAAUAACUCCGUGUCCCUCGUUGUGGACUUUGUUCAGACCUGAAGUGCACAGAGUGACUAUUAAAGACUCUUAAAGGCUCAUUCAGCUUCCAUUAUGAGACGCUCAAGCACAGACGAGACUCCAUAUCGGCGCAGUCCAUCUCUGGACAGCAAACCCGACACGCCACCGUUCACUUCUGGGUUUCACCGCUUUAGUGGAGAGUUUGAGUAUAAGCGGCCACCUUUUGCGUUCGGCUUUCAUACGACAAAGGGGCCGCAAACGUCCAAGGGGCGCUAUGCCCAGGGGAAGAAGUAUGUGGUGUUUUACCUGGACCUCUCCUUCAUAUUCCUCCUAGAACUGCGGCGCUGCAGGAUGGCUGAGGGUUGCAUGAUGGCCUUGCGCUAUGGAAUGGUCUUCUUCAAUCUCCUUUUCUGGUUGGGAGGAUGUGGCAUACUGGGCGUCGGGGUCUGGCUCUCGGUGACCCAAGGGAACUUUGCCACCCUGUCAUCAUCCCUUCCCUCCCUGUCUGCAGCCAACCUGCUCAUUGCAGUGGGGACGAUCAUCAUGGUGAUCGGCUGUCUUGGCUGUGUGGGAGCUGUCAAAGAGAGCCGUCCUCUGCUGCUGACAUUCUUUAUCCUCCUCCUGCUCAUCUUCUUCCUGGAAAUCCUGUCUAUCAUGCUUUUCUUCAUCUACCAAGAUGAGAUUGACCACUACGCCCAGAGGGAUCUGAAGAAGGGCCUCCAGCUCUUUGGCACAGAGGGCAAUGUGGGUUUGACCAAUGCCUGGAUGAUAGUUCAAACUGAUUUUCGUUGCUGUGGAGUAACCAACCACACAGACUGGUUUGAGGUUUACAAUGCCAGCCGCGUGCCAGACUCCUGCUGCCUGGAGUACAGCGACAACUGUGGCCUGGACAACCCGGGAACGUGGUGGACAGCGCCGUGUUACGAGCGGGUAAAGGACUGGCUUAACGAGAACCUGGUGGCACUUUGGAUCUUUUCUCUAUGCACAGCACUUACUCAGAUCCUGGGUCUGGUCUUCUCUAUGACAAUGUUCUGUCAGGCAGUGAAAGUGGAGACCUUCUACGCCUAGUGAUCGACCCCUCCACCCUUCGGCACACUUGGAUUGUUACUCAUCAGAGAGGAACAGACAUAGGC